GUCACCCGUCUCUUCGUCCCACAUUUGCAAUCCCUUCUUGCCACUGCUGGGGACGGGCCGUCCACUCUGGCUGGUGGCUCGGGUGCUGUCCCCAAGUCCCCCAAAUCCUCCUAAAGGGUCUAGAACACCUCCCGGGUUUUGACCCGGAGGCGCUCACUGGAUGUGGUCCGGUCUCAGACGCGCAUUCUGCCACUCGCUGCAGUGACCCCAAGGUUUGCCAACUUCGUGACCGGACUCCUGGCGGGGGUCACUCUCGGACGGUGGAAGCCUCCCAAGGCAGGGGCGACCUGCGGUCGGGGCGCAGGAGUCGGGCCGACGGAUCCCGGCUGGCUGCAGCAGGGACCGUGCGCGGCGCCAAGCGACGCCCCCUCCAGCGGUCCCUGCCCCUGCGGCGGCAGCUGCAGCAGCGGCAACUGCUCGCAUCCAGGCCCGGGCUCGGGUUACUCCCCUCCUCCUCCAGCAUCUCGGGCCGGACGGGAAAACCUCACUCAAGUUUGCAGCGAGUACUUUCCCCCCGUGCGCAAAACUGCGCUGAGACCGGCCUCCUUUCCCGCGUUUCCACCUUUGGAUCUGAACGAAGACUCCCCCGUGUCGCUCUCUCCUGGAACGCUGCUUGGAGGCCAAGAGCUCAGUGUGGGGCAGGUUUUAUUUCUCGGCUGGUGUUCCGUGAACACCAGAGGAAGAGGGUUGCAUUGCGAAUCUCAGGAUCUCUGGACCUGGGGUGUUCAUCAGAAAAAAUGGUUAUUUCUUUGAACACAUACCUGGGAUUUCUCUGUUUAUUAUUAUGCCACUGGAUAAAGACAGCAUCACCUCUCAAUCUUGAAGACCCUAAUGUGUGUAGCCACUGGGAAAGCUACUCAGUAACUGUGCAAGAGUCGUACCCACAUCCCUUUGACCAAAUUUACUACACCAGCUGCACUGACAUUCUGAACUGGUUUAAGUGUACACGGCACAGAAUCAGUUAUCGGACAGCCUAUCGACAUGGGGAGAAAACUAUGUAUAGGCGCAAAUCACAGUGUUGUCCUGGAUUUUAUGAAAGCAGGGAAAUGUGUGUCCCCCACUGUGCAGAUAAAUGUGUCCAUGGUCGCUGCAUUGCUCCAAACACCUGUCAGUGUGAGCCUGGCUGGGGGGGCACCAACUGCUCCAGUGCCUGCGAUGGCGAUCACUGGGGGCCGCACUGCAGCAGCCGGUGCCAGUGCAAAAACAGGGCCCUGUGCAACCCCAUCACCGGGGCCUGCCACUGCGCCGCGGGCUUCCGGGGCUGGCGCUGCGAGGAGCGCUGUGAGCAGGGCACCUACGGGAACGACUGUCACCAGCGAUGCCAGUGCCAGAACGGAGCCACCUGCGACCACGCCACAGGAGAGUGCCGCUGCCCACCCGGGUACACCGGAGCCUUCUGUGAGGAUCUUUGUCCCCCUGGCAAGCAUGGUCCACAGUGUGAGCAGAGGUGCCCCUGCCAGAAUGGAGGAGUGUGUCAUCACGUCACUGGGGAAUGCGCCUGUCCUCCUGGCUGGCUGGGCACAGUGUGUGGUCAGCCUUGCCCCGAGGGUCGCUUUGGAAAGAACUGUUCACAAGAAUGUCAGUGCCAUAAUGGAGGGUCGUGUGAUGCCGCCACAGGACAAUGUCAUUGCAGUCCAGGAUACACGGGGGAACGGUGCCAGGACCAGUGCCCUGUGGGCAGAUACGGAGUGCACUGUGCGGAGACCUGCCAGUGUGUCAACGGGGGGAAAUGCUACCACGUGAGUGGCUCCUGCCUCUGUGAAGCGGGCUUUUCUGGCGAACACUGCGAGGCACGCCUGUGUCCUGACGGGCUCUACGGCAUCAGAUGUGACAAGCGCUGCCCCUGCCACCUGGACAACACUCAUAGCUGUCACCCCAUGUCUGGAGAGUGUGCCUGUAAGCCAGGCUGGUCAGGCCUCUACUGUAACGAGACAUGCUCUCCUGGAUUCUAUGGGGAAGCUUGCCAGCAGAUCUGCAGCUGCCAGAACGGGGCUGACUGUGACAGUGUGACUGGAAAGUGCACCUGUGCCCCGGGAUUCAAAGGAACUGACUGCUCUGCGCCAUGCCCUCUGGGAACCUACGGGGUCAACUGUUCCUCUCUCUGUGGCUGUAAGAACGAUGCUGUCUGCUCUCCUGUGGACGGCUCGUGUACUUGCAAGGCAGGCUGGCACGGGGUGGACUGCUCCAUCCGCUGUCCCAGUGGCACCUGGGGCUUUGGCUGUAACUUGACGUGCCAGUGCCUCAACGGCGGAGCCUGCAACACCCUGGAUGGGACGUGCACGUGCGCACCUGGAUGGCGCGGGUUGAAAUGUGAACUUCCCUGCCAGGACGGCACGUAUGGGCUGAACUGUGCAGAGCGCUGUGACUGCAGCCACGCAGACGGCUGCCACCCCACCACGGGCCACUGCCGCUGCCUCCCCGGAUGGUCAGGUGUCCACUGUGACAGCGUGUGUGCGGAGGGACGCUGGGGUCCCAACUGCUCCCUGCCCUGCUACUGUAAAAACGGGGCUUCGUGCUCCCCGGACGACGGCAUCUGCGAGUGCGCGCCAGGGUUCCGAGGCACCACUUGCCAGAGAAUCUGUUCCCCUGGUUUCUAUGGGCAUCGCUGUAGCCAGACGUGCCCGCAGUGUGUGCACAGCAGUGGGCCCUGCCACCACAUCACCGGCCUGUGUGACUGCUUGCCUGGCUUUACAGGAGCCCUCUGCAAUGAAGUGUGUCCCAGUGGCAGAUUUGGGAAAAACUGUGCGGGAAUUUGUACCUGCACCAACAAUGGGACCUGCAACCCCAUUGACAGAUCUUGUCAGUGUUACCCGGGAUGGAUCGGCAGUGACUGCUCUCAGCCUUGUCCACCCGCCCACUGGGGCCCGAACUGCAUCCACACGUGCAACUGCCACAACGGGGCCUUCUGCAGCGCCUACGACGGGGAAUGCAAGUGCACUCCCGGCUGGACGGGGCUCUACUGCACGCAGCGCUGCCCCCUGGGGUUUUACGGGAAAGACUGUGCGCUGAUAUGCCAGUGCCAAAACGGAGCCGACUGCGACCACAUCUCCGGGCAGUGCACCUGCCGCACCGGGUUCAUGGGGAAGCACUGCGAGCAGAAGUGCCCUGCAGGGACAUAUGGCUACGGCUGUCGCCAGAUAUGUGACUGUCUGAACAACUCCACCUGCGACCACAUCACUGGGACCUGUUACUGCAGCCCAGGAUGGAAGGGGGCACGGUGUGAUCAAGCCGGUGUCAUAAUAGUUGGGAACCUGAACAGCUUAAGCAGAACCAGCACGGCUCUUCCCGCUGACUCCUACCAGAUCGGGGCCAUCGCCGGCAUCAUCAUCCUCGUCCUGGUUGUCCUCUUCCUCCUGGCCUUGUUCAUUAUCUACAGACACAAGCAGAAGGGAAAGGAGUCGAGCAUGCCAGCCGUGACCUACACCCCCGCUAUGAGGGUCAUGAAUGGAGACUACGCCAUUUCCGAAACCCUUCCUCACGGCAACGGUGGAAAUGCUAACAGCCAUUACUUCACCAACCCCAGUUACCACACGCUCACGCAGUGUGCCGCGUCCCCUCGGGUCAACAACAGGGACAGGAUGACCAUCGCCAAGUCGAAAAACAAUCAGCUGUUUGUGAACCUGAAGAAUGUGAAUCCUGGGAAGAGAGGCCCAGUGGUGGACUGCACGGGCACACUGCCCGCGGACUGGAAGCACGGCGGCUACCUCAACGAGCUCGGUGCUUUUGGACUGGACAGAAGCUAUAUGGGAAAAUCCUUAAAAGACUUGGGAAAGAAUUCUGAAUAUAAUUCAAGUAACUGCUCCCUAAGCAGUUCUGAAAACCCAUAUGCCACUAUUAAAGACCCACCUGUACUUAUCCCUAAAAACUCGGAGUGUGGCUAUGUGGAGAUGAAGUCACCAGCACGGAGAGAUUCCCCCUACGCAGAGAUCAAUAACUCAACUUCGGCCAACAAGAAUGUCUAUGAAGUUGAACCUACAGUGAGUGUUGUCCAAGGAAUAUUCAGCAAUAAUGGGCAUCUGACCCAGGAUCCGUACGACCUUCCAAAGAACAGUCACAUCCCUUGCCAUUAUGACCUGCUGCCAGUCCGAGACAGUUCACCCUCCCCCACGCGAGAGGACGGAGGCAGCAGCAGCAGCAGCAGUGAAUGACACCAAAGGACCUUCGGUAGCCACUGGAACCCUUUCCAGAACUGCAGUUUGGUUCUUCUCCAUCCUCACGUUGCCACCUUAUGGGAAUGUUAAUCUACUUGGUAGGCAAUUGCUGGGCGUAACCCAGAAAGCUCAAAGCUGAGGCUGACGGACGGUAGGUCCCUGGGUACGGGUGGCUGGGCAGGAGAUACCAUGUGAUUUUCCAUUCUUGUUAGUUUUAGAACUGCAACCCUGAAGCAUGACUUCCUGUAAAAUCUUGGCUAUGAGCAUGAACUUGCAGAACUCCUUCAGCGAUGUGGGCUGCAGUGGACAUUGGUAUGAUUGUUUGAAAAACUAAAGUUUAAAGAUUUUUUUUCUCAUUCGCAUUGUAGACCUGUACCUAGGAUUGUGCAGUUUGCCAUAAAAUUUAGUGUGAAUCACUAAAUAUGUAGAAGAAAAGGGGCAUAUUAUUGAGUCCUGAUUAUUUGGGUGUGUGUGGUUUGUUUUUUUGCAGUUGGACUCAGAAUUGUAGGGGUAACAUGAACCCAGGAGAAAACAUUCUGUGAAGUGGCAUAACUGGAUAGACUGAAUAAAACCCUAGCAGAAGUAGAAAAUUUAAAUAUGAGAACUUUAGACUUUUUUAAGAAUGAAGAAAUGUACACUUAGAAUUAUUUUAGACACACUAGAGUUAUUACAGGAGCCAAUAUGUACUAGGCAGAGGCGAUUUUUCUCCCUGUUUGACCCACAGCCCACUUUACAUCCAUGACGUUAUUCUGAUCACUGUCCCCAUCAUACACAUUUACCACUUGAGAUCCAUAACAUAUCAGUAAUUAUUUCAUAAAUAUGGAAAUGGAAUAGUUUUAUUUUUAAAAGACUGGAUUGAAUGAGUGUAUAAUGAAUGAUUGGAAAAGGUUGUAAAUUUUAAGUGUACAAAGACACUUAAGUUUUAUAAACCAUUAGUAAUACAUGCUGUAAUAUAGAAUUAGCAAAAAGUUUUUAUUAAUUUUCCCUAGAAGUGACUGAAAUGUUUUUGUGCGUAUUUGAGGAAAGGGCACUUUUCUUUUAUUAAUUGUUGAUUUAGAGAAACUAUGCUUAAGCUGGUCUUUUGCAUUGCUAAUAUGACAUGUAUCCCAUUUUUCUUUAAUUUGUAUUUUCAUUUUUAAGUUGUAUAUUCUACAUUUUGUAGUGUUUGAAUUGUUAAUGAAAAAAUAUUAUAUGUCUGUUGUUUCUUGUAUUGUUGCCACUUAUCUUUUUGCUUGAUAAAAAUGCAUUGUUCUUUUUUUCUUUCAGAGGGAGGAGAUAGAAAUAUAUAAAUCAAAUAUAUUAAAAAUUGGUCAUUACUAAAAUAGUACAAAACCAUAGGUGACUGACUUAUAAUUGAAAUAGACAAGGUUUUCAAUAUUCUGAAAUGGAGUUCCUUUGGUCUGUGGGUUCUGAGUCUUGGUUAAACCAGGGGGGCUAUUGUUCCUGAGUGCAUGCCACAAACUGCUCUGAUUAACACCUUCACUAGGGUGAUCGUAUAAUUGAUCAUCCAAACUGGGACACUUUUGAGAGUAAAUGCAGACAUUAUCGAUGAUUAUCCUGCAAUGGGCUUCAAUCUGGACUGCUCCAGGCAAACCAGAACAGAUGCUCAUCCAGUGCAUACUGACCAUGCAAUAACAUUCUCACCCCCAAAUGCCAGUGUAAUGCCAGAAAGCUAGUUUCUCUUUCUUGGACCUACGUGAGCAAGCCGAAGGGCUGGAAGGCUGAAAGCGGAAGCAGCUUCACAAGAGAACACAGUGGUCUUCAAUCUUAAAGACACCCUGUGUGGUGUCCUGUCUCAGGGAGUCAAUUAACAAAUAUAUAUUGUACACUUGUUCUGCCAGUAGUACCCAUGUGGCAUUGCCCCCGCCAGUCACUGAGUUGGGAUAUCCAGUGACUUCAUGUCAUACACCUGCACCUGCGAUGGCGGUUUGGUCAGAUGGAUGAUAGAACAAACAUACUUAGAGCAUUUACUCCUUUGGUGGCUCUUCCUUUUAGGGAACCCCAAAGUUAGUUCAAGGAAAUGUGGGCUUGCCUGGAAUACACCUUAGAAAGAAUUGAUUUAUUCCCACAGUUAACCACUGCCUGACUCUUGCUCGAUGAUAGUGAGUAGGCACCUAUUGGAGGCGCUUGUUAGUCAAUAGCCAUAAAGAGUCCUUAUUGGUAAGAAAAAAGUGACAUUUCCUCCUCCCCCCCUUUCUUUUUUUAAGGAUCAUCUCUUCAAAUUUCCAUGGUAAGUUUGAGUUUUCCCAUUACUCCCUGAAGAUAAGUAAAAGAAAAAAAAAUACCUAUUUCUUUUCUCAUUCCGCUAUAGGAAGAGGGGAGGGGAGGGUAUACUGACGCUAAAACUCAUUCACAUAUGCAUGCCACACAAUUAUCACAUUGGUAAUAAAAAAGGGUUCCUAGAUUUCCCUGACCAUUGAUUUUAUCAUAGGCAUGUUCUUGUGGUGUUAAUCUUAGCUGCUUAUUUUGAAUUUGUGCACUUCUCAAUUUAAAACCAUGAUACAUUUUAGAAGUUUCAUAUGUUCUGUGUACUGCAAUCACAGAAGUAAAAAGUCUAGGACUUCCAAGAACCAAAUUUGUAAAUAUAAACUCAAAACGAAUACUGUUACAUUUUGUUAGUAUACAAAGCGCUUCAGUUUGGCCUCGUCAUUUAGAGUUAGCAGUCCUUGUCGUCACAUUCAAUGUGCAGCUGUAACCGAUAGAAAGAUUGACUCUGGGUAAUGCCACAGAGUGCCCUAGAAUUCUUAAAUUCGUUGCUGAGAGUCUACCUCCCUCCCCAUUGUUUUCUUUGGUGUCUUCAAUUGAAUCUAAACAAUAAAGACUUCUCCAGGCCUUGUUUUCGUUUGUUGCGAGGACACCUGGAAGCAGACAUCCUGGUCUUCCCAAGGCACGCCCAGCACUGACGUGGAGACCAAGGCCCGUGGUGGGCCCUCCCCACAGAAGUGGAGCUAAGGUUAAAUUUUGUAAAAUAAUGAAUUUUCUAUCUCUGGGUAACGUCUUUAUUAUUCAAAAUAAGUAUUUAAGAGGUAUUUUGGUCUUCAAGGCUUUAUGUCAUGGAAGUGUACAUAGAUAUGCAAGUGUGAAUCACAUGGUGUGGCUGGGUAAUUGUUUAUUAAUUAAAGAUGUUUACUGCCCUUUAAGGUCCUCUUCCAAUUAGUAUCCGAACACUGGGUCUGCUUAUUCCAAUUUAGUAUUUAGUCCAGGCUUCAUUAUGAUGUAAGCAAAUAGCAAUAUAAUUUUUUAAAGGAAAAAAAUGAGACUAUAUUAAGUUUUCUUGAUUUUAGUAAACAAAACAAAAGAAUGCUUUCAAUGUUAAAAUAUCUCUUCUCCAAAGAUGAUAAACUUUCAUCAGCAUUAGCCUCCAUCGCCAUUUAUAUCAUCAAAAUGUGUUAUAGAU